AUGGACACUACUAAGGAAACCAAAUUCAUCUUAUUUGAUACAAAUGCUCAAAAGAUUGUCAAUCAGGGUAUAACAGAGCUCUUAGAAGGAAAUUUUCAGGAGAUAUCAGACCCAACUAAUGUCCCAAUGCCUCUCCAGAACUUGGUUGGAAAGACUUAUAAGUUUCUUGCAACAAUAGCAACUGCAAACAUCACCGAAGGUAAAGAAACUUACAAAGUCUCUUAUGUGGAAAUGGGCGAUGCCGAUCAGAUGUGUAUCUCUAAUAGCAAUGGAACUGGUGAUUUUAAUGGAACUGCGACUAAUACUCCUUCUUCCAAACGUAAAGAGAACUCCAUUGAUGUGGCUGAACAAUCAUCAUCUUUUAAGAAAAUGUGUCUACCAUCCAUAAAAGAUGCCAUUGAAGACGAAAAAGUGGAGGGAUUUGUUGAAAAUGGAGUUACAGUUCCACACCCAGAAAAAAGAGGAGGGGAGAAGGAUAAUGCUGAUUAA